UCCCCUUAUUUUUAGGUCUAUGUGACUGCUGAUUUGUCUUGUAUGACAUUAUAGAAGAUUUUAUUCUCAUAAACUAUUGUGACUUUAAUUAUAACUUUAUAACAAUGAGGUUAUUUCGAAGGAACUAUGGACCGCUCAAGCUGGCUAUGGUGGGCAUUGUUUUUGUGAUAUUUGUGUUCAUCAUGCACAAAGAUGUUGGGAAUGAAACGAAAGAUGACCCUUGGAUAAGAAACAUAGUUGUGAGAAAAGAUCAAAUGAUUGAUAUGAUGAUGGGGGCUGUGAACAAUUUAAAGGAUUCUAUGCCAAAGCUCCAAAUUAUGCCCCCUGUUCAAGAAGCAGCACCUGUAGAGGACAAAAAGUCAUGCCUACCUGGGUAUUACACACCAGCAGAACUUCAAUCAUUUAUGGAGAGACCACCACAAGAACCAAAUAGCCCAGGUGCUGAUGGGAAAGGAUUUAAAAAGGACAGCUGGACCGAAGAGGAGGCAAAAGAAAAAGAAAAAGGAUUUGACAAACAUUGCUUCAAUGCAUAUGCCAGCGAUAGGAUUUCCCUUCACAGAGCCUUGGGCCCUGACACCAGACCUCCAGAGUGCAUUGAGCAGAAGUUCAAGCGCUGCCCUGCCCUGCCCACAACCAGUGUUAUAAUUGUCUUUCACAAUGAGGCUUGGUCAACUCUUCUUCGUACAGUGUAUAGUGUUUUAUACACCUCACCAGCCAUCCUGCUGAAAGAGAUCAUUCUAGUAGAUGAUGCCAGUGAAGAUGAAUAUCUGAAGGAAAAGCUGGACGACUACGUAAAGUCAUUACAGAUUGUGAAAAUUGCAAGACAGAAAGAGAGAAAGGGAUUAAUUACAGCAAGGUUGCUGGGUGCCGGCAUUGCCACGGGUGAAGUGUUGACCUUCCUGGAUGCCCACUGUGAAUGUUUUCACGGUUGGCUGGAACCUUUGUUGUCAAGAAUUGCAGAAGAUCACACUGCUGUUGUCAGUCCAUCCAUCACAAGCAUAAACCUUAACAACUUUGAAUUUGCCAAACCCGUCCCAUAUGACAAAAUGAACAUCCGCGGAAAGUUUGACUGGAGUUUGUCGUUCGGCUGGGAAACAAUUCCUGAAGCUGAUGCGGAAAUGAGAAAGAAUGAAACCUACCCCAUCAAGACUCCUGCAUUUGCCGGAGGUCUGUUCUCCAUAUCCAAAGCCUACUUUGAACACAUUGGCUCCUAUGAUGAAGAUAUGGAAAUCUGGGGAGGAGAAAAUGUGGAAAUGUCUUUUAGGGUCUGGCAGUGUGGCGGGCAGCUGGAAAUUAUUCCUUGUUCUGUGGUCGGUCAUGUUUUCCGCACAAAGAGUCCUCAUAGUUUCCCCAAGGGUAUCCAGGUAAUCAUCAGGAACCAGGUGCGCCUGGCAGAGGUGUGGAUGGAUGACUACAAAUUAAUAUACUACCGGAGGAUUGUGGAUGCUGCAAAAAUAGUUAAAGAGAAAUCCUUCGGGGAUGUUUCUAAAAGACUCAAGUUGAGAGCAGACUUGCACUGUAAGAAUUUCACAUGGUACCUUGAAAAUAUCUAUCCUGAAUUGUUUGUACCUGACCCGCAUCCUAUAUAUUCCGGUGGGGUUAUAAAUGAAGGGACACAGAACUGCCUUGAUGUGGGGGAGAACAAUGGUGGUGAAAAGCCACUAAUAAUGUAUCCAUGCCACGGAAUGGGUGGCAACCAGUACUUCGAAUAUAGCACACACAAGGAGCUGCGCCACAACACAGAAAAAGCGCUAUGUCUGCGUUCCAAAUAUGGUCCAGGGUACGUGUCGAUGGAAGAGUGCCAGUACAAGGGAAAACAGACAACUGUGCCAGACAAUGAAGAAUGGCACUAUACAAAGGAUCAUUUAUUUAAAAAUGUGGGUUCCAAUAUGUGUUUGACAGCACAAGGCGAUCACCCGUCCACUGCAGAAUGCAACCCUGCAGACAUUCACCAACGCUGGAGUUUCAAUUAACUCUUUGAACUGAUGGGUGAUAGUAGUUCCAGCAACC